CACAACCCAACACCUGUUUGGACUAAAACAAACCAGUUUUACCAUUUUCUGAUGGUUUAUUGGGUGAUAACUUUUUUUAUUACCCCUAAAAACUCCAUCGCUCCAUCUUGCCUUUUGAUUGACCGCUCCAUAUUCUUUUCACUGUGCUGAAUUUUCCUCCUGCUGGAGAAAGGAGAGAAAACAACACAGGGGAAAAAAGAGGGGAAGAAGGAACAGCGGAAAAUAAAGGCGGUGGAGGAAAAAGUGAAAUAACAGGAGAUUAGCGGGAAGACUGGAGGGACAGGCUGGGAAGAGAGCUGAGAAGACAUUGCGCAAGUGGAGAGCGAGACUUGCCAUAUAUUUUUAGAGAUCUCUGCUUUUGUGUGAAGAUUUUUUCAUUCCCAUCUGCAGACUGAAAGGAAGUGACACCAUGACAACAGAAAUGCAGGAGAUCGCCAUCACGGAGGAGAAGCCUUUACUCACGGGUCAGCCUGACACCGCCAAGGAUGCUGAACUGGCGGCGAGGAUACUCCUGGACCAAGGACAGGAGCACAGUGUCGAGACCCCACAUGGCGUUUUGCACGUGACCCUCCACGGCACACGAACCACCCGCAGGCCCGCCAUCCUCACCUUCCACGAUGUGGGUCUGGAGAGUAAGAGCUGCUUCUCCACUCUGUUCAAGUUCGAGGAGAUGCAGGAGAUUGUCAAGAACUUCACCCUGAUUCAUAUUGAUGCUCCGGGGCAAGAGGAGGGGGCUGCUGCCUACCCCACAGGGUACCAGUAUCCCUCCAUGGAGACCAUAGCAGAGAUGAUCCCGGCCGUGCUGCAGUUUUUCAACUUCCGUACUGUCAUCGGAGUGGGUGUGGGAGCAGGAGCGUACAUCCUCUCCAAGUUCACACUCGCAAACCCAGAUUCAGUGGAGGGUCUGGUUCUGGUCAACAUCGACACUAACGCCCGCGGAUGGAUAGACUGGGCCGCUCAGAAGCUCAGCUCUGUGACGUCCUCCCUCACAGAGCAGAUCCUGUCCCACCUCUUCAGUCAGGAGGAGCUGUCAUCAAACACAGAUCUAGUGCAGUCUCACAGAGACCGUAUCUCCAAAGCUCCUAAUCUGGUCAACAUAGAGCUCCUCUGGAAGACUUACAACAGUCGCAGAGACUUGAACAUUGACCGCAACAGCACCUUCAAGUGUCCAGUAAUGUUGGUGGUGGGUGAUCAGGCUCCAUAUGAGGACGCUGCUGUGGAGUGCAACAGCAAACUGGACCCAACGACAACCUCAUUCCUAAAGAUGGCUGAUGCCGGUGGUCUCCCACAGCUGACCCAGCCUGCUAAACUGACUGAGGCUUUCAAGUAUUUCAUCCAAGGCAUGGGCUACAUGGCUUCAUCUUGCAUGACCCGCCUGUCCCGCUCCCGCACCACCUCCCUCUCCUCCUCCUACUCCAUGGAUGGAUCCCGCUCUCGCUCCCGCACCCUGUCCCAGGGCUCGCAGGGUGGCCAGAUGCCACCGAGCCCCUCCCAAACGAUGGAGGUGUCUUGCUGAAGAAGUUAAAGAGAGAGAGAAAGAGAGAGAGUGAGAGAGAGAGAAAGAAAGCAAAAGAGAGAGAGACAGUGUGAGUGAGAAAGAGAAGAGGCCAGAGGCGAAAGGAAGGGAGAGGUGGUAGCAUGACAGUAAUACAGGAACAAGACGAAUUUUGUCACUAAACAACUCCCAUCAUUCCCCACGAGAGCAGAAUAGGAAUAGAGACAGGGAUGAGGGAGGGAGAAAGAGAAACCUAUCCUCCACAUUUUGCACCACAUACAAGUCCAAUCCUUCUCCUCACAUCCCCCCUUCCAGUUGAAAACAAAGUGGAUUGAGUUUUCCUACAAUGAAUAUAAGAAGUAUAGGCAAGAAGAGAUUAAUAAAAAAAUUUAAAAAACGGGGGAGGUGGGGAAAGAAUGGCAACCAGUCCUCUCUCCCUCCCUCUAUUGGAACCUCUGUCAGCCAAUAGAGCCCUUUAAUUUAGAUGAGGGGUGUGUCCUAUAGAGACCACACACCUUUGCGUUAACCAAUAGUAAUAAUUCUGAAAAUGGUAUUGUUGUUGAUGCUGAUGAUUAUGUUGUUGAUGAUGAUAUUGAAGCUAAUGAUGAUGAUAAUGUAAUAGAAAAAAAACAGUUAACACUUUUCUCUUUAUUACGCAAGGAGUUUAAAAAUGACAAAAAAAACAACAAAAAAAACAUACUAUAGCAGAGAUACUUAUAACAAUGUGUGUCUACUACUUUUUAAGCUAGUUUUUAUUGUGUUAUUUUUAUUUCUUUAAUUGGAUUUUAUUUUCUUAUUUGUAACCUGCCUCAGCGAGGGGCUGAAGCUACUGAUUGGUUGACCCGUCACGUGGUAACAGCCAAUGAGAGCCAUUAUAGUGACUACUUCCUCCUUGAUGUUGCCAGGUUGUUUAUGUCUUCCAUUUGCCCUGUCUUUAAGUGACUGUUUUGUUUUCCCAUUUGGAUUUGAGGAGGUGGGCAGGAAGCUUUUACUGUUUUUCGUUUUUUGUUGUUUUUGUUUGUUUGUUUUGUUUUGUUUUUUUUUCUUUUUCUGGACUGUUUGGAAGUUGCAUGCCUGGUAUCAGCCCAUGUGAAUACUGACAGGAUAAUAUUUUUCUUUUAUAUUCUGCUGAUGAGUUGUGUGGAUUUGUGUGUGUGUGUGUGUGUGUGUGUGUGUGUGUGUGUGUUGUUUGCUUGGAGUGUUGAUGGCAGGUAAGCAUAGGCGAGACUGAGGGUGUUUGUACGCUUUAGCUAGCUCGCGCCCUAUUGUUAACACUAGACGCACACUAAAUAGUGCUUCCAACAUCGCUGGCAGUCUUGCACUGGAUGUUCCUAAUAUCUACACUCAGUGUGCUAUUUACCAGGGAGCAUUACAUCACUCAGUAGCAUGCUAGUAUGGAUAUUGUAUUUCAGUGUUAGGCGUGGCCAGAAGGGAUCACUGUGUUCAUCAUCUGGGUUGUAAUCUCUUAGCCUUGCCCACGCAUGGAUACCUCCUAACAAACCCAGCUACCAUACUUGAGUUUAUGUGCGAUGUGAGGUAAAAUGAACACACGCUCCUCUCUGGCAACAAGUGGCUGUAUUCAAGCAAUGGGGUCAAGAGAAUUGUGUCUGCAAGUGGUGUGUGGUGUGUGUGUGUGUGUGUGUGUGUGUCUGUGUGUCUGUGUGUCUGUGUGUGUGUGUGUGUCCAAGAAAGUAAGUGUCAGGUGUAUGGAAGUGUCCUGUAAGCACAAUUAAUUAACACAGCAAAGAAACAGGCCAGGGUCCUAUAGAGAAGCAUCCAUUUUGAGACCAACAAAAACCCCCUGUGAUUUAUUGAUGACAAUGAACCAGCCCCGCCACUGCCACAGAGGAAAAGAUACAGGAAUGUUGCCACCAAGGUUUCACCUCUCUGGUGCAGCCUCAGUCAUAAGAGGCAAAGGAUUUUGCGUUUUCUGUUUUUGAGAGUGAAAGCUGAUCAGCGAAUAUCUGCACCUUGAGACAACCAGUCUUUAAUUACAGCCAAUAAGCAAUCUUACUGCCAAAACUAAGAGCCCCAAAAUGCUAGGGAUAUUUUUUUUGUCAAAAUUCUGUCAUCAGAAAUGGUGUGAGCUAAAUUACGCCUUAUAGCAUCAGUUCUGUCUCUAAAACUGAAUCUGAAUUCCUUCUACGUCGUUAAUAUUUCAGCAGCAGAUGAACACAAAGCUUACCACUGCCCUGUGAUGUGUAGCCAUUGGACUGUAUUUUUAAAGGACCCUUAUUUGGACCCAAUCCAAUAAUAUCCUUGGAGCACGUGCAUUUUUAAGUGUGUCACCCCUGUGCACACAUUUUGUUCUUUGAUGCAACUUUGGUUUUCUUUUUUUUUUCUUUUUAUAUGAGUCAGUUUGGAGGUUGUCUGUUUCUUUCACAUGCUGUCCGGUGCUCCUUUCCCAAACCUGUUUGAUGAUGUGAACAUGAUGGAGCAGAGAUUUUGAUGACAGCGACAGGAAAGUCAUUGGAGGGUCUCAGAUUUGAGCUUUAAACUGAAACUUGGGAGAUAUUAAUGGUGGUGGUCAAGAAUGUGCUGAGAUGCCAAUAUGUUUUAGGCACUGUCCAGAGGACUGAAGUGUAGAAUGUAAAUGUAUGGCUCUUCCCACACUGAUAUUAAAACUCAAACAAUCGGACAUGGGAACCUCUACCAAAUAAUGGAUAAGGGGUGGAGCCUAGGAAAUAAAGUUGCCAAAUUAGGAAAAAGGAGUGGUACGUCUUUGUGGAGAGUUGAGCAGGGCUGUGUGAUUGUAAAUGCUUGUCCAUUUUGUCUUUGUCUGUCUCUUAAUUUUUACUUCGAUCAUGUUUUUCUUUCCCCUCUGUGUUUUGGAAUUUUACUUUAUUUUUAUUUUUGUUUGUUUGUUUUAUCUCUGUGAAGUGUUAGUUUACCGUCCUGAUGUGCUCACAAGUUAGUUAACUGUGUGAUAGUUCUUGUGUAACUUUUUUAGCAUUAGCGCUGAUAAAGGAGAAUAAUAUAAUUAACAAUAAAAAAUAAAAAAAAAGAUUAAAGGUAAAGAGAAUACAAUCAAAUUUACUUGUGUGGCUAAUUUCUCUGUGUAACACAAUGAACAUCCUAAAAGCAAACUUAAAUAUUAUUAAAAGC